AAACUUUUUCCCACCAACAAAGUCCAAAUUUAAGUCCCAAUGCUUUGGAUGAGUGGCAUACAAAAUGACAAAAAUGACCUUACUUAACCAAUGCAAGAAGCUAGAAUAGUCUUGACCAUAAGUCCAUGACCAAGGACGUGGACGUCAAUUCAACAAUUUGUAGAGCUCAAAAUCCAAAGCGAUUUCAUAGGAAUUCCAAAAUUUGAAAAAGAGACGCGUCGUCGUCCAGCCCAGCGCAGCGGCAAACACAGCAGUCUCUCCCAUUUCCAACUCCCACUGUCUCGAAACAAGAAGAACAAAGAAAAGAACCUCCAAAAAGCGCACACUCGCAGAGAUCUGAUCCAACCAAAGUUCUUCUUGUUCUUCAGAAGGGGGACUGCGAUGGCCGGCUACAGAGCUGAAGAUGACUAUGAUUAUCUCUUUAAGGUCGUUUUAAUUGGAGAUUCUGGUGUGGGUAAGUCUAAUUUGCUCUCCAGGUUCACCAAAAACGAGUUUAGCCUCGAAUCUAAGUCCACUAUUGGGGUUGAGUUUGCUACUCGGAGCUUGAAUGUUGAUAGCAAGGUCGUCAAGGCCCAGAUUUGGGAUACUGCUGGCCAGGAAAGGUAUCGUGCAAUAACCAGUGCAUACUACCGAGGUGCUGUAGGUGCACUUCUCGUCUAUGAUGUCACACGACAUUCCACUUUUGAAAAUGUCGAGAGGUGGUUAAGAGAGUUACGAGACCAUACAGAUCCCAACAUCGUCGUCAUGCUUGUUGGUAACAAAUCAGAUCUUCGACACCUGGUGGCAGUCUCAACAGAGGAUGGAAAAUCUUUUGCUGAAAAGGAGUCUCUGUAUUACAUGGAAACUUCUGCACUUGAAGCAACCAACGUCGAGAACGCGUUCGCCGAAGUCCUUACUCAAAUCUAUCACAUUGUAAGCAAGAAGACCAUGGAGGCUGGUGAGGAUGCAGCUGCUGCUUCAGUUCCUUCGAAAGGAGAGAAAAUCGACGUCGGUAAGGACGUUUCUGCUGUAAAGAAAGGCGGCUGCUGUUCGAGUUAGGCUUUUGAUUUGCAUAUUUUUCUUAUGAGCCCCAUAGUUUAGUAGAAAUUCUUCAGAGAUGUGUUUUAUAGGAUAUUGCUGUUGCCUGGAUUGGAUUUUAUCUACUUUCCAAUAUUUUUUAGUCUGAAAAUUUUAAGUUUGAGCCCAGAAAGAGCUUGAUUGAAAGGAUUAUUAGCAUCAAAUCUAUUGAUUUCAUUU